CAAGGUAAUUAGUCUUGUAAAAGAAAGCUACAGGUGAGGAAUUUAUUUGAUGUAUGGAUGAAUGGGAGGUGGAACAAGAGGAAAAGACCCCAUUCUUCUCUUCUGUCAACCGACACCAUUGAUUCCUUCCCAUCACCCCUCUCUUAUCUUCUGCAGGCAAAUCAUGUGAUCCCAUUUAUUUUCCCUCUUCCUCCCUUCCAUGAAGUUAAGAAACCAUUUCCUCUCCCCAAAUGUGCUCCAUUACCACCGCCAUCCAUCUGCCUCUCGCAUCCGGAAACCCCCAUUUCUCCUUGUUCAAAUCAAACACCACCAGAAGCUAAAGCUCUUUUACCUCCAUGCCAAAUCAUCAUCGUUGCCACUGCUAGCAGGAGGAGGCUGAGGACAACAAUAACACGUACUCAUCCAUCUCGUCAUCAUCAUCUCGCCACAUCACCGGCCACACCACCGUUCAUUGUCGUUACCAGAGAAGGAUCACCUAACGUACGAGCGCUGGUUUCCUUCGUAUCUUCCACUCUCUCGUGAGAACAGUAGGUAAGAGUGAUAGAUCCCCGACCCUUUCCAAUAUUAGAAGCUAUAAAUUAGCUAACCAUGGUCGUUUUCUGUCGUAGCCUCGACGACAAACGUACCGGGUUAUCAAACGACUAAUAAACCAAGAAACAACGACCCUCAUGACUCAAAUCAAGGUCUAGGCACGAAUAAGAAGUAAGGAAUCCCGAUCCCUUGUGUUGGAAUCUAUAUUUACUUGAGUUCCACGAGUUUGUAGAAAUCUGGGAUUUAGCGACGGAUGUUCAGUCUUUUAGUAACGGUUUUGUCCGUCGCGGAAGGUCUGCCCAACUAGAAGCAGAUGUAGUCCUUUUGGGAUGGCCAGUGUUGACCUUUGGUCACGACUUCCGUGACUGUUACUAAUGGAGCUGUAGCUUUUAAGAUUUAAAUGUCCAGGUUAAUGAAUGAAUUAAUUUGGAAUUGAAUUAAUAAGUAUGUAUGGAUUAGGAGAUUAAUAACAUAGAUAGUAAUUAGUAAAAUGAUUUAGUAUGAAAUAGUGAUUUAGUUGAUCUAGUAAGAUGAUUAUUAGUGUUGUCAAGAGGUUCUUUAAGCAAGUUAACCGGUUAAGGUAAUUUAAGUUGUUAGCUAGCAAAUAUUGGCUUUCCCGGGAAUCAUAUUAUGAGUCUAUGACAAAUUAAACUAGAAGACAAUAUAAUAUUUGAUAUGGUUAGUAAGUAAAAUUUAUUAUUGGCAGUUAUGGGUAAAUCUACUAGUUUAUUUAGUAUGGUAAUAUAUGUUAUAAUAUGCUAGGUAAAAGUGAUUUUAGCAUGAUUAGUUCCAAGUAUUUAAAUUGGCAUAGAUUUUAAGGAGUGGAGGUUUUAGAUGAUAAAUUAUUAAAUACGUCAAUUAGCCGUACUUUGCAAUUAUUGCGAAGUAGUUCCAAGUCGAGGGAACCGUCGCUAAGUAUCCGAAACCCAGUCGAUCUAACCUCAGUAUUCGCCAUAGGUCGACAAGGCGAAUCAUCUUCUCUAGAGCAUCGAUCCUUGGAGUUGGUAGCCAGAUCAAGUUUAACCGCUCGACCAAAUAAGGUGUGUGGUUUGAGGGGACUAGUUAGUAUUCCAUUCUGAAUUAUGUAUGAUGCAUGUUACUUGGAUUAAAUGAUUUGCUCUUAUGUGCUAUCGGUGUUUAAGUUUAUGCAUUUACUUUAUUCAUGUUCAAGUUAUGAUUUGUGAUUAUUAUGCACGUUCAGCAUACAGAGCAUCAUAUUCAUCAAAGAUCAAGCUGAACCCAAGUUGCUAAGUUAAGCAAGUUAUUAAGUUGGAUCUUCCCAUUGUGUGGGAGAUCACCAAGUUCUUCAAGUAUGUAAGCAAGUACGACUUAAUUAUAUUUCUCCUUGGGUGAGAGAUUAAUUAAGGAAAGCAUGUAUAAGUCAACAAGUUAAUAAGUAAGAACAAGUUAACCUCGCUUAGCUAGCCACUUUUCACUAUGGAUCACUACUGGAUGGCGAUACGUAACGCAGUAGUUGAUCAGGCAUGGAACUGGACUGCGAUACGUAACGCAGUUUCCAUUGCCCAUGUUUAGGUAUGCAACCGGACGGCGAUACGUAACGCGGUUGGCAUACCUCAGUUUUGACACCGGACAGCGAUACGUAACGCGGUGGUCAUAACUCAUGUUAAGCAGGCAGUGGCGCCAGUUAAGCCGAGGUAGGGGCCCCGUCCUAAGAUAAAAUAUGCAAGAUACCUAGAAAGUGAACAAGAAUUACAAGUUCAAGAACUCCUAAUAAUGUACUCCCGAUAAUGUACUAAGUCAUUGCAUCGCAUUUGCACCCAUAUGCAUGUUGCUUGAUUUUAUAUUAUUAUGUAAAGAAUGGAAUAUAGGAUUAGGACUGACCCCAACGCCCGCAUUCAGGAACUGCAAUCAAGUAGGAGUAUUCGAGCCACCGGCUAACAUAAAGCUGUUACUCGAGAUGUCAUCAUCACAAGGGUUAGUGAUUGCAGAAGAUUCCCAGUGAACCAUUUUCACUUAUGUAAUUUUAUUAGUAGGCUUGAGACUGAUGCUCAUUUAUGAUUUUGUUAAGAAAGAUUUCAUAUGGUG